CUCUCUCUCUCUCUCUCUCUCUUCUUUUCCUCCAAGAUCAUCGUCAACUUGGUCUUCAAGUCUUCUUGAGAGUGGAAUCCGGUCUUCAAUGCAAGUUGAAACCCUUUGUCUUUGUGCAGCCACAGUUUCGUUGAAAAAGUCAUGGAACACGACCUCGAAACUCUGGAACACCAAACGGCCCCAGAGAGCACCCGCGGUCUGUUUGACCCUCCAGAACAGAACGUAAGUUUUUUCUAUCCUUCUCUCCUUUUCAAUACGAUAGCACCUUUUUGUAUGGUUUUUCUCGGGAAGCAACAAUGUAACUCAUUUCCGCAACCUCCCCAAUCCCCAUAUAUACUCUCUGCUCCACACAUUGACGGAAUCCUCAAUUAUCCUCAAUGGGUAUACACAAUCACAUAUACGUGGACA